AUGCCCGCCGACCACACUGAAAAACAGGCGGCCGCCCAGGCUGCCGUCGACAUCCUUCACGAGAUGUCCACCAUCCUUAAUUGCCAGCUGGACCGCCGCACGCUGUCAAUCUGCAUCUCCAUGAUCGAGAAUGGCGUCAGUCCCGUUGCCCUAGCAAGAGCUGUGAUGAAGCUGCGCGAGACAGGCCAGCAGGUGGAACAAUACAUGGCGACGCAACAGAACCGAUAG